AUGAAAGAAUGGCAAAUUUUGCAAAAUGGUGGGGAUGGUUGGAGAGUUACAGAAGUGCCCAAUCCACAUCCGGACGAGGAAGUCCGAACAGCCUUUGCGACUUCUUUUUACAUAUGUGAAAAGUUACAAAUGAUUGAUCUGAAGAAGGAAGGAUACAACCAGUUCUUUAUGGAUCACUUUCAGCCAGACAUCAGAAUAUCUGACUGGAUAAUUCCCCGUUGGGGCUGUGGAUCACAGUAUCAUGUCCGUGUGGAGCUGCUCAAUAAUAAAAUGAAGCGUCUCCAGAUGUUCGCACCUCGUACUGUUGACCUUAAAACUGGAACAUAUCUACACUGGAAUCAGAUGACCCAUAUAUUUCACAACUACGGUCCAGGCGUGAGAUAUAUUCGAUUUAUCCACGGAGGUAAAGAUACACGGUUUUGGAAAGGGUUCUUUGGAGUUCACAUAACUCAAACCUGUGUUGAGAUAUGCCCAGCAAUGCACAAGCCCAUUGGGACAGGCUUGGGGAGAACAGACAAGGACGAAAUGAGGAAAGCAAAAUCUCAUGUAUGCACCAUAUCCUGA